GAGUGGAACCUUUUCACUUGCUCUUUGCUUAAUAGCAAGACAAAGGAAGGAAUAGUUAUAAGGAAGAAGAGGCAGUCAGUUUUUUGAGCUUUUUCUAAGCAAAGUGAGUGAGUUGGGUUCUUCUUCUUCUUCUUCGUUUUUCUGAGAGGAUUAUUGGCCAUUGGAUUUGGUUUUGGCGUAGGAUUCUCAGUUGAGUACACGUGCAUCUCUGCUAUCUUUACCUCUCACACUCACCACUUUUAUUAUCUUUGCUUCCAUGCAUGGAUUUCUCCUCCUCCAAAUAUAGUCAAGCUCACAAUAGUUAGUGAGAGAGAGAAAGAAACGCUCGCUCACUCACUCCCUCACUCUUUUCUCUCUUCUUGAUUUGGCUUCUUCAUCCCACAUCACUAGUAACAAUGACCUCAUGAUUUCUUCGAAUUACACUUCUUUUUCUCCAUAUUUCAACUACCCAAUUAAGAUGCUGAGCUCUCUCUUUUUCUACUAAAUUGUGAACCAGAAAGCUACUAGCUAUUUCACUAGCAAUCUGGUGAAUCAUAGAUUCAUUGGUUUUUCUAUUUUCUUUCACUCCAAGUUUGAGCUUAUCUCCUUGAUUUUCUGAUCUGAGCUGUGUCAGUUUUCUUUUGGGGUGUUCUGUUUCAUUAGCAUUUGGCUUGUCUUAGUGUGAUGAGAUCGAGAAUCCCCAGAUUUCACCAAGUUCUGUAAUCAGAUUUGAAGUCUCUGGUUUGUUAUCUGUAUUUCCUAUUUGUUGAAUUAAAUUAUAAGUUUGUAGUUCAAUGGAAGAAGAUCAAGAAUUCAAGCAUUUUUGCAAGUUGUGUAGCAAGAGCUUCCCCUGUGGAAGAUCUCUGGGUGGUCACAUGAGGUCUCACUUGAUCGACAACAAUUCGACAGAGGAUCAAAAAUUCAUCAACAGCAGAGUUAAGGUCUCCUCUCUCAGCAAUUACACUGAGACAGGUUUCGAAACUGGUCCUCAAGCAGGUUAUGGCCUCAGGGAAAACCCCAAGAAAACUUGGAGAAUUGCAGGUUCAAGUGAGGAAACUUCAGUUGACAACAAGCUAUGCAGAGAAUGUGGGAAAGGGUUUCAGUCAUGGAAAGCUCUGAUCGCUCAUAUGAAGUGUCACUCAAACUCGACUACUAAUAGCUUUGAGAACGAACAAGAUUCUUGGACUAGCAGUAAGGCCGUGGACAGCCAAUCUGAAAAUGAAACUACUAAUACUACUAGGAGAAGAACUACCACAUCCAGGAGAAGAAGAACAAGGUACAUAGCAACAACUACUACAACCUCUUCUUCUAAUUUCUCUAUUGUAAACAAUAAUGCUUCUUCAUCUGUUACUGAGAUUGAGCAAGAGCAACAGGAAGAGGUUGCUUGGUGUUUGAUGAUGCUCUCAAGAGAUGUGGGUCACUGGGGUGGCUUGAAAAUUGUUGCUGAUCUUGAUCACAGUAUCUCUGAUAACAAUUCAGGGUUUUCGGAUGCUCCAUCAUCCCUCAAGAUGAAUCAGGUUUCCGAAAUCAAGGAAGCUACUCUUGAGACUUUUAAACUGAAGAAACUAAAGAAAAAGAUGUUAGAUCAUGAGGAAGUUUCUGUUGGUGGGUUUUCCAAGAGUGACAAAACUAAGAAGAAUUUGAUACUCAAGAAAACUGAGUUAGCUGAAGCUCAAUUGGGUUCUAACAAGUUCAAUUCAAGCAACAAGAGAAAGCUUCAAGAUACUUAUGAUCAUUCUUCAAAAAGGAGUAAGUAUGAGUGUGGUACUUGCAACAAGGUUUUUAGGUCAUACCAAGCUCUAGGAGGCCAUAGAGCUAGUCACAAAAAGAUCAAAGGAUGCUUUGCUUCUAAGAUUGAGAGCAGUGAACACACCACUGAGUUUGACACAGACCUCUCCCCUGAUCAUCCCAUUGCAUCAGAUCACAGUAAGCUCAGUAAUGUCAUUGAUCAUCAAGAUGAUGUUGUAAAAGCUGAGAGCAUCAGUACAAAGAGUAAGGGGCAUUCUUGUCCAAUUUGCCUAAAGGUUUUCCCCACUGGUCAAGCAUUGGGUGGUCACAAGAGAUCACACUUGAUUGGUGGUUCAGCUGACAGUAAGAGCAGCCAAAGCACUAUAGUGAUUCCCAAACCAGCAACUCCUGAAGUUAGAGAGUUUCUUGAUCUCAACCUUCCUGCUCCUGUUGAAGAAGAGAUUAGUACCAGCCAUGCUGCUGCUGCUGCACAAUCCUUUAAGCCAUGGUGGGUAGGAACCAGCCAUAAGCCUUAUGAGGCUCUUGUUUCAUAGAAUUCUUCCAAACUUGCUUUGCGGAUCCGAGCUUCAAACUGAGAUUGAAGUUGCUAACAUUAGUAGCUGUGGAGGUGUACUCAAAAGAGGUCGACAGCCAACCACGUAUAUUAAUCUAUAUGAAAAAAGAGAAGACGAGAGUUGAAUUCUUAAACAUAUGUGACUAUUUGUGAUACACAUUUAUUCAAAUAAGUCCAACUCUUUCCAUUAUUUCUUCAAUACAAUAGAGCCUGUACUGAUGCCCGACCAAUG